AUGGACAUAGACAUUCGACACUCCUUUGCCAAAGAGCACUUGACAUUGUUUGCUGACGAUCAUCAUCUAGCUUUCGAAUUUAACACGGAACAAGAAUUGUAUCAGGCGAUUGAUGAUAUCAACAAGGUUAUCUCCAUUCUGAGUGAAAUGGGUAUGCUGAUCAACCCCACAAAGGCCAAGGCCAUCCUGAGGAUUCAAGGCACCAAGCGAUGUGAUCUGAGGAAGAAAUUGACACGGAAAGUUCAAAAUGAACUGCGGCUGGUUCUUGGAUCUGGACCACAAGACUAUAUCCCAAUUGUGGAUAAGGUGGAGUACCUAGGUGCCGUCAUUGCUUAUGAUAAUGUCUUCAUUCUGAAAUGCAGCCGCUACCUGAUGUGCACGACGAUGCAGGUGACCAUGCUGAGGAGCAACUUGCAAUUGUUUCAGGUGGCCGUUCGAACACAGAUCAACAGCUGUCAGGAGAGCAAGAUCUACCAUAUCGGUGUGAGUUAUGUCAGGAUGCGUUUGAAACGCAACGGGCCCUCAGAGUGCACAAGUGGUGCAAGCAUCGUGUGA